AUGAAAGAAAGAAAAGAAAGCAAUGACAAGGUGAGGAGUGGAGAGCUGGAUCUGGAUUUUCUGGAGCGACGCACCCAAAAUGCGGAAGCCCAACAACAGAACGAGACGAACCGCUCUCCGAUCGAGAUCAGUCCGGAGUCGGUGGACAGAGUCAAAGUCAUCCUCCUCGGUGCGCCCGCCGUGGGAAAGACCAGCAUAAUUCAACAAUUCGUGUGGAACGACUUCUGCGAGGAGUACGUGCAGACGGACCGCAAACACACCUACUACCCGUCCGUCAUCACCAACGAGCGACUCUACGAAAUAAAAAUUAGCGACUUGCCGGUGAUCCCGUACUUCCCCGUCAAUUCCUACUACGAGUGGGCCAACUACCGCUACUACGGUCUGAGGAGCGCCUCCGCCUACAUCUUGGUCUUCGAUCUGUCCAACAUCGAGACCUUCCAGUACGUCAAAACGUUGCGGGAACAGAUCUGCGAAUCAAGAAACAUGUCAAACGUGCCCCUCCUCGUCGUCGGCAACAAGCAAGACUUGAUCGUCAACGAAGAGGGCGUCAGUUCCAGCUCGAAACCGGCACUGACGAGCAAUUUGGACGAGAAGCGCAGAGACAUCGCCAAUCUGGUCAAGAAGCACUGGAAAUGCGGCUAUCUGGAGUGCAGCGCCAAAUACAACUGGAAAGUGGUCGCCGUCUUCAAAGAACUGAUACACAUGGUCGACAAUCUGGCGUCCAGAGAGCAGAGUCCCAUGUUGGACAACAUCCAAGACGCGUUGGACAGGAACAAGUGUGUCGUCAUUUAGGCUUUAGGAACUGCUAGAGCAUCGUUUUUUGCGUUCGUCAUUCCUGUUGUCGGCAAUAAUUUCCCCCAGACAAUCUCACGCACACUCUUCUCUAUCCAAUCGAUACAUAACGUAAACGUGGUUGUGAACAGAAUAAUGUCAAGUUGUUUGUAGCGGUGUAUUCAAUAAAAACGUUUCAACUCUUGA